CGACAACGAUUCUUACUCUUUCAUUACAUCUCGCAACAUCUUCUCCUCUAUAUAACCCCUCUGAUAACGAUAUCAUUGAGCCCACAGACAUGCCGCCUUCGACUUCCUCGCCAUACCAACACAAAUCACCACGCCCCUUCGUUUCAGCCAAUCAUCGUCCAGCCGACAAUGCACCCGACGGUAUCUUCAGGGUCGUCUUGAUCAGUAGCGGCAGUGUGGCCAGCAUCAAGGUACCGGAUAUUGCUGGAGCCCUUCUCAAGAACAAGAACAUCGCCCUCCAGAUCGUCGCCACCAAAGCAUCCACUCACUUCUAUUCUCAGACCGACAUCGACUCUUCCAUCUGUAGCUCACUAUCGGUACCCCCAUCCGAAUCGUCGCCAGAUAUCGGCGUGAGAGUCUGGACUGAUGAGGAUGAAUGGGCGGAUUGGAAAAAGGUCGGAGAGCCAAUAUUGCAUAUUGAGCUGAGGCGCUGGGCGGAUUUGGUCGUUAUCGCGCCUUGCUCGGCAGACAUGCUGGCAAAGAUCGCAGGUGGUAUAUGCGAUAACCUUGCCACAUCACUGCUCCGUGCCCUCUCCCCCUCCACUCCUGUCAUACUGUGUCCAGCCAUGAACACCCACAUGUACCAACAUCCCUUCACCGCCAAACAUCUCUCCACCGUGACGCAAGAGCUAGGCUAUCUGGUUUCGGGGCCGCAGGGGGCUGGAAGGCUGGCUUGUGGAGAUGAUGGACCCGGCAAGAUGACAGAUUGGAACGAUAUCGUGUUGACCAUCGAAGGCUUCGCUUCCAUGUUUCAGAAACAAUACCACCUUCAUCGCAGUUCAGCAACGUCAAACUGGACUACCUCUACAACUUCGGUAGUUCCUAGCACAUCGCAAAAUCCAUUACUUCCCCAGAACGAGCCCAAGGCGAAAGAGAAGAAAGAAGAGUCGGCAGGGAUGAAAGACUGGCGAAAACUGUGCGGGAUACAGGGAGGGGAUGGGUCGUUUUGGAACAAAAGGUGGUGGACGGGGGUAUGAGCACUCCCAUUGUCAAUUUGAUAUUCUUGUGAGACCGGUAGGAUAGACAUGAUACAACUCUAUCGAGUAUCUGCUGAUGCAGUAUGAUUUUGAAGAAGACGUCACAGCCUCUUUUAGUCUGAUGCUAAAUCCAGCAUCCAACAGUAUGCAGUUUCAAGCAUGUAUACGCAUGUCGCAG